AAAUAACACAUCAAUGUGGCAGCUUUUGGCAAUCAAAUUGCUUCUGCUGCUAGCAUCGGAAGGGCAAUCGGCGAAGCUGCAGCUCAGCCUAGGUGAUCAAGCUGAUGAAGAUGUCUUGCUGGCUAUUAUCCAUGACAUGUCCAAACUGCUGGGCGAGGGAAACCAUUCGCUGCCAGGUCCGAUCGACAAGGAGGUUCUGUUCAACUGCAACAACCGAUCAGGCGUCUACUAUCAUCCUGUGUUGCUAAACGAUGCUAGUCUUAUGAAAAAGUUGGAUUUUGAAAAGCCAUUUACCUUCAUCAUUCACGGUUGGAACAGCUCGUCUGGUGAACCGCAUUUCCGCGAUAUGGCCCGCAAUUACAGCCACUUUGUAGACAGUAACGUCUGUCUGCUGGAUUGGUCAAAUCUGGCUCACUACGAAUAUGAGGUUGCCGCAAAGCAAAGCCUACAGAUGGUGGUCACAUAUUUCACCAAGUUUCUGCGAUUCUUAAACGCCAAUGGAAUGAGUUAUGCAAAUGUUACGCUAGUUGGACACAGUCUGGGGGCACAGAUCAGUGGUCUGGUGGGGAAAAACUUGAACGGAGCAAUUGGACAGAUAUUCGCGCUAGAUCCAGCCGGCGUACUUUUCACGCAACCCCACGAUGUAGGAGUUAGGAACCGCCUAGCUCCAACCGAUGCACAGUAUGUGCAGGCCAUUUUCACCUCCAAAGGAGAACUAUCUAUGGAUAUAAGUGCGGGGCAACAAAACUUCUGGAUGAACGACGACGGCGAGCAUCCGCAGCCUGGCUGUAAAAGUGUAGGGAAAAAUAAGGGCUUACUUACGCAAUUCUUUGAGCAACUUAUUUGCAGUCACACGAUGGCGGCUGUGUAUUUUACGGCAACACUUGAUCCCGCUGUGAGUUACAGCAUGAAGCGCUGUUCAGCCCAUUGGAUGUACCAAACUGGGCUGUGCUAUUUUGGCAAAAAAGAUGUCGUUGGAAUCAACGCGAAAAGGCUUCCAGGUGACUUUUACGGCAAUGUUGACCUACCAUUUCCAUAUGAGUCAUAAAUUUUUCUUGUUUUCUUUGACAUGAAAAAUGUCUACGAAUGUCAAUUAAAUGUUACAAAUGUAAUGAGUUCACUUUCUGACAUGACCAUCUGAGACAUGACCAUAAACAGGGUGUUAGGAAGCUCACUUAAAAUCCUUCAAGGGGUGAUAGAGGAUUCUAUUUAGUGUAAAAAAAUCCGUCUACACAUGCAUUUGAAUACUGCAGAGGUUUUCACUUUUUUCAUUUUCCGGUUAUAGUAAUUGUUUUUAACGAGGUCUAGCACAAGAUAGAUAGCUAGCUCAAUUCUGUUGAUUUUCUUGGAAGCUAAGCUAAGAAAAUUUC